UGCCAUCAUGUCAGCAGUGUAGGGCUUUUCAGCGAACUUGAGGGCUACGCUGCGGCGAUGGUGCCAGGAAAGGCGCUAGGAUGGAUAUUUUGCUGCUUCAAACCAGAGCAGGACACAGGCCGAACGCAGCGUCAGGGCUCUGAAGCGACGUUGUUGGCAGCAUGCAGGACAGCCGAUGCGGCCCCGCCGCCGCUCAACAACUACUUUGCGUUGAUGCUGCAGCACAUAUCCGACCCGGUCGCACUCUUCACCCGCAAUGGCACGCUGCUCGCCAACAACGCGGCCUCGGAAGCGCUUUUUGAUAGGAUGCGGGCUGCUGCCGGCUCGUGCCGGCCGGCACCCCCCUCGCUUCGCCUCCUGUUCACCGCUGAUCCAGAUGCGCUGCAAGAAGCCAUGGCGGACAUAGCGGCCGGGCGCACCUGGCGAGGCCUAAUCCAAAUCCAAGCCAUGGACUCGCGCCCGCCACCCGCGCCCGCCGAAACAUCCAAGAAAGAAGCCGCAAACAUGCUUCUGACGGCCGCCAGCGGGCGCCUCUCGCAGCAGUGCUCCCUCGCCUCAAGCUGCGCGAUGCCAUCGCUGCUACAGCCGCCGCCGCCGACAGCAGGCGCGGUGGCACCCGGUGGCAGUGGCAGUGGAGCUCCCUGGACAGCACACGACAUGGCAUCGCUGCGGCUACAGCUGCAGCUGCUACAGCCAGAGCGAGCUGGGCAUGGGAGCGAUGCGUACGGGAACCCACGCGACUGCUACAGCCAUCACUGUCCAUCCUCGUCUGGGGCGCUGCCAGCUUACCACGUGCUGCAUGGGCCGCCUCUGCUGGCUCCGCAGCAACAGCAGCACCUGAUGCAGACAUCAAUGCGCAUUACCCACAGUCUGAGCCUCCCUUGUGCAAGCCGGACAGCAGGAGCGGCUGCAACAGACGCUGCCGGCAGCAGCAGCGCUGCGGCGGAGGUGCUGGCGCCUGACCGUAGGGUCAGCAGUGAGACGGGAGCGGCGCCCGGGCGGGGGCAGCGGCGCGACGCCGCGGGGCCGGCAAGGCACUACAGCGCCGCAGCUGUUGCUCCUCGCAGCGGCGAGGUGGGCUGCUGCCCUUCGGAACGGCCGGGCGAGCUGCUGGUCGAUGUGCUGACAUCGGGCGGUGGUGGCGGCCAGAGCGUCGUGUGUGGCGGCGGCAGCCAGCCGGCAAACUCUGCAGUCGCCCCCGUGCAAGCGGCGACGGUAAUGGAGGCUGAUACUGCUGCUGGGUCCGGCGCCUCAGCAGCGGAUCUGGAGCUGCACCAGCACCUGUUCUCGCGGGGGUCGGUGGGCCCUGCCGGCAGGGCCGGGGGGCAGGCGAGCUGCGACCACUCCGUAGGCAGUAGCACCUGGGCGUCGGCAGCGGCCGCUACAGCUGCUGCGAUGGCUGGCAGCAGCAGUGCUGCCGCGCCGCCGUCAGUGCCUCUGGAAGGCGGGCGCCGCCGUGGUGACGCGGGCAGCCAGCAGAAGCAGCAGCAGCAGAAGCAGAUGCCGCAGACGCAGGAGCGGCAGCGGCAGCAGCAGCAGCAGCAGCAGCAGCAGCAGCAGCAGCAGCAGCAGCAGCAACAGCAGCAGCAGCAGCAGCAGCAGCAGCAGCAGCUGCUGCUGCUGCUGCCGCAGACGCAGGCGCAGGAGCGAGAUCAGGAACAGGGCUCUCAACAUCACCGCCCCAGCCGUUUUGGCACUUCGUACGCCGCCGGCACAAGCAGCCCCACCUCGCCAGCAGCCGGCGUGCCCCAAGCACGAACGGUAGCCGAGGAGCCCAAGGGCCCCGUGUCCGUGUCGGCACUGUGGGACUGGAAGGCGGCACGCUCUGCCCUGCGCAGUCGGGGCCGCCGGGCUUCGGUAGAGGUCCCUUCAUCUGCAGCAGCCUCAUACACCACCGGUGGUAACGCCACGGCCACCGCUGCCGCCGCCAACAGCUCCCCUUCCGCCGGCGUCCUGCAGUCGCCUCGCCGCGCCUCACUUGACGAAGACGCCUCCUUCCGGCCGCGUUGGGCGGCCCUAGACACCACCACCUCGCACCACAAUUCCCAACAGACGCACAUCAGCAGGCGUGUACAGGCUGUAGCGCCAGCAGCAGGCAGCACGACAUCAAAGGCCUCACGCGCCGGCAGUCAUCGGAUGUCGAUGGACGUACCAGCAGGCUCCGCUGUUGUGAAACUUGCUGUUCCAGGCUUUGGCCGUACCAGCCUGCCUCGCACCUGUGGUGCUGGGGGAGCUAGCGGCAGCAGUGGUCUGGUGGGGUCGAGGGGAAGCAACAGUGGCGUGAGUGGCGCAACAACAGCUGGGCGCACGGCGCCGCUGAUAGAUGUGCGAAGCUUCCUCAGGCAGGCUGAGAAGGAUUACGCUGGCGCUACAGCAGCGGUAGCAAAACCUUCGGCUGCAGCAGCUCAGGCCGCGGUGGGUGGCGCUGGCGUGUCCGCAGCAACUGCGGCACCUCUGAUGGGCAGCAGUGGCGCUGUCGGGGUGCGGACGCGUGGACCAAGCCGACUACCACCACAGCAACAACCGCAGCAGACGCCGCAACGGAAGGAGCCACCACCGCCUCCACCGCCUUCACAAGAAUGGCAGGCUGCAACACGGACAGGGGGGUUGCGGCAGCCGGACACGCACUCCGGUGUGAGUCAGGCACGCGCUGCUGCCGCUGCUGGCGGUUCCCCAGCUGCCGCGGCGGCGCCACCUCCUGUGCACAAUGCAGAUGGCCAGCGCGCACGGUCGCAGAGCCCAGCUGCGGACCGGAGCCGCGACGCAUUGUUAGCGAGCGUUGUGUCAGGGGAUGCGGGAAACGAGGCUGGUGUUACUACAGCUGGUCCCCAGCACGUGCUGCUGCGGCUGCCAUCCCUCACUGGCGGGCCAUCGGCUGUAUCAGCGGGAAGCUUCAGAGCAGGGGCCACUGGAGGGGCUGCGAUUGCUGCUGCCGGGUGCGGCGGCUCGCCAAGCAGCGCGAGCGGGCGGCGCUCCCUGUCGCCACUGUCGCGGCAGAGCCGCUCGGCGCACUGCGGCACUGUUGGGGAAGAGCCGCCGUUGCCUCAAGACCAGCAGCACCACGAGCAAGAGAAGCAGCUGGAGCAGCAGGAGCAACAGCACGGGAUGGACGGAUUGGGUAGCAGGGCUCCGGCCGCCGUGCUUGGUGAGGCGGAUGCUACGACUGCGGCGCGUGCGGCGGUGGCCGCGAGGGAGAGGGAGCUACAGGAGCAGGAGAUGUUUGCUGCGGAGAGGCGUCUACUGGCUGCGUCAGCACCGACUUGUGAAGCCAUCAAUAGCAGCGCUGGCACGGCACAGCUGCAGCACGUGGCGCAGGACGGGGCUACUGGCGAGUCGCAGAGUCACAAGGACGAGCUGCCCGGUGACGUCGGCGGCAGCCCGUCGCAGUGCCGCCCCGCUGCUGACAUAGGGUUGCUGUCCAACAGGACCCUGCCACAGCUGCGAGCGAACCCCACGCAUGCGGCGGUGCCGAUCCGCGCCGACCCGCCUGAUCUUGCACCUGCAUGGGGGCUGCCAUCGGUCUGUGUGGUGUUGGAGGCGGCAGCCCCCAUGCUGCAGGUCGACUCCCGCUACAGCCUGCAUGUCGGCUCAGUCGCCGGCGGCAGUGGCGGCGGCCCCAUUGCGCUAGCAGCAGCAGCGGCCACCGCCAGGGGGUCCGCAGCUGCUCGCCGCCGGUCCUCAUGGUGCGCUGGCGCGGCCGCCGCCGCUGGCGACGCUGCUGGCGAUGCUGCUGGCGAUGCCGCCGCUGGCGCAGCGACCGCAGGGGCGGAGCAGGGGCUUGCACGUCACCACGUCCGCAGCAGCGGCAGCCCUCACCCACCGCAUCAUGUCACAGCAACAGCCAGGCGCAUGCUGUUUCCCCUUGGACCCGAUCAACAGAUUGGCGCAUGCCAGCAGCCGUGUGACUCACAUCCGUCACUUCCCUCAGCGGAGGGGCCACACACCCAACCCACAGCAGCAGCUGCAAGCGCAGGCGGCGGCGCGGCUGCUGCCAACGCCCUUGGGGCAGCUGUGGCGGCUGCGGCUGCGGCGGCCUCAAUUGAUUUCCAAUGCGACAAACUCAGUUACGCGUCCUGGGCGGACCACGGCACUGGUGCACACACGUCUGGAAACACCAUCUCGGCGGUGCUCGGUAACUCGAACAGUCUGGAGAUGCCGUUCGGGGGCGUCGCCCACUCGGCCACGUCAGCAUCCGGGAACGCGCUGACAGCCGAGUCCCUCGCGCUCUUAGUGAGUUGCCGCGCACGGUCCGCGGCGGCGGAGCGGAGCAAUAGCUCGCUGGCAAAUGCACGGGCACCAGCAGCAGGCGGCGUCAGCGGAGGCGUUGCUAGCGGUGAGGCACAGCCGCAGGCGGCUGCGGUGGGACAGGUGUCAAGCCACGGCGGGCGGCGCAAGCUGGAAGUUCCUGCUGCAGCUGCCGGCACCGGCGGGCAGUCUGGAGAAGCAGCCCUCACUGCUGCUGUGGAUUUGCAGGAAGCUGCUUCUACUGCCAGAGGCUUGGCGGUGACAGGCGCCGUCGACGGUGCCAGGACUUCACCGGCAGUCCGGCAGGAUGCGUCACCUCGGGGACCAGAGGACGGCUGUGGCAGCGACGACAGCCGUGCCCGCCGCAUGAGCUGCAACCGCGGGAGUGCCUGCCGCCCUUCCCUCCUCUCCGCCGCGCUUGCUGGCAACGACGGAGGCGUUUGGGGCUCUCCCGCUGCACCGCCGGACACGACUGGCGGCGGCGGCACUGCCGCCCAAGCCGGAGGCAGGCCUGCUGCAGCCAACGCAGCAACAGGCGCCCCCGGCCGCUCUGCAUCGUUGGCGGUGUCAUCAGCCUUUGCCCUCAUUAGCUCCGCCAACCUGCCUGACAGCGUUGCGCCCCUGUCGGCGUCUACAAGACGUGGCCAGCGCUACUAUGCCGCUGGUGCUAACGCGGAUGCCGCUGUCGGAGUGCCAACUGCCGCUUCUGCCUCUUCGGACGCCUCUCUCGCCCGCAGCCCUUCUGGCGGGCAGCAGCCUCGCAGCUUGCGUCUACCGCCCAGCCCACACGCCCACUUGCUGUCAGCUGCUGAAGCACCUCAUCCUGCGGGCGGUGUCGCUUGCGGCUCCGAAGUCCACAGCAGCUCAUCAGGGCGUGUGCAGCAUGUGGCUGCAGCCCGCACUCCGCUGUCACGUAGCAAGAGCGGCGUCGGCAACAGCGGUCACUUUGUUACAACCUAUGCCAGCGGCGGCGCAGCAGCGGCUAGGGCGGCGGCGGUGGCCGGUGGCGUCAGUGGCAGCCCGCCUGCUGUUUUUGGGUGGACGGCGUCCGGAGCAGGCGGCCUGGCGGACACAGAUCCUGCCAUUCUGGCAUCACUAGAGCAGCAGCAACUCAUGCAGCUGAUGCAGCACCAGCAGCAGUACAUUCAGCAGCUCCACCAGCGGCAGCAGCUGCAGCAGCUGCAGCGACAGCAGCACCAAGAGGCGCUGAUGCAAGGCCUCAGCACGUCCGCCUUUGGCGCAGCGCGGCGCGGCGCGCGCGCUGCGGCCGCCAAUCGCGCCUCAUGCGCUGGCUCUGUCGCCUCUGGUGGCGCGGCGGCUGGCGGCACGGUCGCCAUGGCAAGAGCGGGCGGGGUCGCAGCUGCCGUGUCGGCGGCGCAUGCGGGCGCUUCGGCGAGGGACAUAGACGUCAGCGUGGGCGGCAGCGUCGCCAGGCGGCAGUCCACAUGCAUUGGUGUCGGCGCCGCAGCAUAUCAGCACCAGCAGCAGGCCGCAGCAGGCGCCGUUGCCAGCGGCAUGUUCGGCAGCCGGGCGCUGCAUCACAGCGGCGUGGGUGGCCUUCCUGCAGGAUCCCUCUACGCUACUGCCGCCGCUUCGAUUGGUGGCGGCGGUGGCGGCGGCGGCCGCCGCACACGGUCCGUGGAGAACCUGAUGCUUGUGUCCAAUGGCAGUGAUGACUUCUGCAGUAUGGAGUCAACGGCGGCCGCGGCGAGUGCGCGCUCGAAGCCCCUGCCGCCGCCGCAGCCCGGCAGCCACACAGUGCACUUCCCCAUGUCGCGCGCCGCUGCUGCUGGUGCUGGCGGCGCUAGCGCGGAUGCGCCGGCGGCAUCCUCCAGAGCGGCUGCUUGGAUUCCUGUGGGCGCUCUUUCACCCACGUCAGGGACGGCCCGUGAAGCGCUGUCCAUGAACGGUGCCGGCCCCGCCUCGCCCCGCAGCAGCCGCGGCAAGAACUUCCUGGCAAGGAGCCUGGCACGGCUUACGAGCCUUGCGAAGAUGGGUGGGGGAGCCAGUGGCAGCACUGGACCCGGCGCCAUCAGCGGCAUGGGUGAUGGCGGCACCAGCAGCAGCAACCAGCAGCAGCGCUCGGGAUUGCACCGGUCACCAGCCCUAAGCGAUGGGCAGGUCAUGCUGUCGAACGAGCUCCUGUCCGUCAUGGCGGGCGUGACGUCGGUAGACCAAGCCAAAGAAGCCUCAAGGACGUUCGGCGGCAACAGUGUCGGUGCCGCCGCUGCAGCCGGGGCUGCCGCCGGCACGGGCUUGAAAGUCGUGGCGGCAGCGGCUGCGGCUGCGGCUGGUAUGGCCCUGGAGCCCGCCCACCGCCACGUCAGCGUCUCCUGGAACCAUCUGACUCGUGCAGCCUCUGGCCCUCUUGGCGCGGCCACACUUGAGGUGCCGCAGCAGCCACCGCCCGAGCUGUGGACCUUCACGCCGCCAGCAGCCAAAAACAGUGGCAGCAGCGGCAACAUGCCCAUGAGCAGCCCUCGCACAGCAGCGUCUGGUAAGGGCGCAGCAGCUCGCAACUUUGGCAACUCUUUCAAUGCGAGUACCGGCCACGGGGUUGGCAGCGUGAGCGACUUAACCGCCGUUGUCAGCGGCAAGCUCUCCGUCCCCGUAUCGGCGUUAUCAGCGGCAGGGAGGCAGCGGCCAGUUUUGAAUACUGCUCCGCUGAUGGCGGCGGCCGCUGUAGAUCCGUUUGCUGGGGUUGCGCUGGAUGCAGUUGAUGGCCCCGUCGCCGACGUCGCCAGCAAGUCCCCGCGGGUGAUUGCAUCGCCCCUGCCGCAGCACCUGUCAAUUGCAACAGCGGCAGCGUGCCCUUCCCCUGCCGCCAUGUUCAGAGGCUCAAGCGGUGGCGCAGGUGGCGGUGGUGGUGGCGGGCACACGUCGCCGCCGCCGCUGCACCUGGGCUCACACCCGUCGCCACCGCCCCCGACACCGCCGGCGGCAGGGCUGGCAGUGCCGCGCAUUGUGCAGCUGACCAUGCGUUCUAUGGCGCGUGCUGGAGGCGCUGGCGUCACGGGCGGCACGUCUGCCUUGGGUGGGGCGCGGUGGGCAGCGAGUAAUGGCACAGGUGGCGGCAACAGCACCAACCAUGCCAGCGGGCCGCUGAGCUCCCUUGCGGCGGCUGCGCUGCUGGAAUCGGUGGGUGACCGCAUGCCAUCCGCGCUUAUGCACACGUACGCGACAGGGCUGUGCGACGACGCGUUAGGUGUGGGCUCUGCCACCGGCGGGCUGGCAGAAGCGGCGGCGGCGGCGGCGGGUGGCGAAGAGGAUGCAGCAGCGGUGGCAGACCUGGUUGCAGACGUCAGCAUCCGGGGCGGCAUCCACGGAUCUGUGGGCGCCUCGCCGCGCGCGGGAGCUUCUGCUGGCCUGAGCGGCAGCUUCGGCUCCGCCCUCCACGGGCACGCUGGCAGCAGCGCUGUGCUGAUGCCGCCCGUCAUCGCCAGCAGCGCCGGGAUCCUGACGACCACGGCUUCGUGCAACAGCAACCAGCAUGUCAUGCUGCAGCACCAGUCCGGCCACAGCGCUCUGGGCGCCCUCAGCACGACCGCAGCCGGCCUGGGGCGCCUUGAGAGGUCCUCGGCAGCAACGCUGAUGCAGCAGCAGGACCUUCAACAGCACCAGCAGCAGGCUGCUGAUGGUGCCAAUAGCAGGAGUUGCAGCCCGCAGAAAGACGGCCGUGAUGCCGAAACGCAACUGCUGGCGGGCCACAGCGGCUCCUGGAGGAACAGUUGCCGCGCAGGCGGCGGCGGCGGCGGCGGCGGUAUGGGCGAAGCGACCGGCGGCCAGGACAGUGGCGCGCAGCAGACCGGCGGCACCAUGCGGAGCUUUGCGAGCACACCCGAAGCCGUUGGCGGUGCGGAUGGGAGCCCAGCCCAUGCAGUCGAUGUGCGUGGAGCCCAAGACGGCAGGGCGUCGCGACGGCGCCGUCAGGUUGACCACGGUAGCGGCGGCGGCGGCGGCGGCGGCGGCGGCACAUUGGCUGUCAGCUCAUACGCCAGUGCCGGUGCCGGUGCCGGUGCGGCGGCGGCAGCUGCCUCAGGUCUGCUAAGCGCAGAGAUGUUGACAGCUGGUGCUGCCGCUGGAAACGGCCGUGGCGGCGGCAAAAUGGCGGGCAUGCUGGUGGUAACGAGGUGCGGCUCACACAGCGCCACCUCAACAGCCUCUGCGGCCAUGUCGACGGUGGCCUUGCCGCCGCCUCCUGGCCUGCAACUGGCCACUGACACCGCUGCGGCCAGCUUCUCAGUCGAUACCGCGGCGGGCGGUGGUGGCGCCGCGGACGCGACGGCGGCGGUCGGCUCGGUGUUGGGCGGUGGCGCUGGUGGGCUGGGCACAGAGGGCGGCAGCUGGUACGAGUUGACGGUGUCAGCAGUGCCGCACCCAACGUCACCUGGCGAGUUCCUAAUCAUGGUGGUGCAGCACGACGUGUCGGCACGUGUGUGGGCUGAACGGCAGCUGGCCCGGGUGGUGGAGGCGGAGCACGCGCUGCUGGAGGCCAUCUUCCCCGCGCACGUGCUCGAGCACAUUGCAGUGGCAACCAUGGACGCCGCACUCACGGGAGGCGGCGCGGCCAGGACCGGCCCGGCCACACAGCAGCAGGGCUCUGGCGCGGACUCUGUGGGCGCACCGGUGGCAGCCGUGUCGGGGCCACUGCACAUCACCGGUGACACGUUUAUUCAUCUGGCCACCAAUCACUCCAUGAUCACAGUCCUGUUCUGUGACAUUCAGGGAUUCACCGGGAUGUGUAACUCAGUGCGGCCGGGAGUGGUCAUGGCCUUCCUGAACGACCUGUUCACUCGGCUGGAUGCGCUGCUGGACGCGUUCGGCGUGUACAAGGUGGAGACCAUCGGCGACUGCUACAUGGUGGCGGGCGGGCUGAUGAAGGUGGACGAGGAGACGGGCGCGGUGACGGUGCGCAGUGAUGACGUGGACCCGCUGCACGCCUACCGCACCGUGCAGUUCGCAAAGGCGCUCCUGCAAGCCGCAGGCGCCGUGCGGCUGCCCACAACCGGCGAGCCCGUGCGGCUGCGGGUGGGCAUCCACAGCGGCAGCGCCAUGAGCGGCGUGGUGGGCACGCGCAUGCCGCGCUUCUGCCUGUUCGGCGAUACAGUCAACACCGCCAGCCGCAUGGAGUCCACGGGCGAGGCUGGCGCCAUCCACGUCAGCAAGGCCGUGUUCGACCUCGUGCCGGGCGAGGAAUGGGAGCCCACCGGCGGAGUGCAGGCCAAGGGUAAGGGGCAGCUCGAGACGUACCUUCUCCGGCCUGCCAUGGAAGAUCAUGGCGACGCGGAGGCGACCGUGCCAAAGCUGUAGUGCUCUUCAACCGCUGCACAAGGACGGCUGGAACACUUAAAUGUGAUAGGCCGCGGCAGAAAGGGACGGGGUACCAGACAAGCCUUCCCAGGCCACUUAACAAGAUGACGCAAUGCGAAGAUAAUGUG